GUCGGACAAGCGCUGACCAUGCGCGCGUGUGUUCGUGGAUAUACUGCGGUGUUGGGUCUGUCGAUGAUAGAUGCGAUGGUACUGCUGGUUCGUUAUAGAGAGGGAGGUUUUGGUCUUGAAUGUCGAUUAUGGAGAGGUUUAUUUCCUUGGUGUUCUUGCUUGACGUAUUUCGUGAUGAAGGGGUUGAUGCGCGGUUCCCUUGUGCUGCAGGUUACGAGGGCGAUUUUCGUUGCUGCCAUGGUGGAAUUAUGUGGUUUCCUGAAUGUUCAGGGCGUUUACGGUCUUUAUAUUAAGGUUGGAUAUAAAUUCGCCACACUGGGCUCGGUAGGCCCGAUCUACCUAUCUAUUAGAAGCGCGGAUAUCAGGGGAAACUGGUCCGCUAUCCCCCUUGCCGAACGAGAUGCACUGAUCGAUGCGCUUCGAGCAAAAUACCAUUCCGUCCAGUCUCUUCGCAAACAAGGCUUCUGGACCCAGAUUCCCAGCCAGCAGGAUCUCGACAUGAAGAAGAGAUGUAGAAACUGUGGAGAAAAGAACAACAAACUUAGGUCCUCGGCAUGCAGGUCCCACCCUGCUAAGAAGGCCUUUGAAGACCUAUUUACUAUCAUCCUCUGGACAGCACACGACUUUGCACUUGCAGACCCCAAUCUCGCACACAUGCAGGCUAGCCCUAAAUCUAACCUUACCGUCCGCAAGGCAGUAGUGCUUGACUGCGAAGUGGUCGGUGCCCUCGGCGUUAAUAACAACCAAGUCAGCGAGGCGAUACGCAGCCCGUGGAGAGUAUUAUUGGCUCUUCUAGUCAAUAUAACGGCGUGGCUCCUAGUUUUUUUUAAGGAUAUGAAGAGGCGGGAGAAGACGGUAUGUGGGUGGAGAGCAGCCAGGGAGUUGGUGUGGAAGAUUAUUGACCAACAAACUAUCCUUAUGGAGCAUGCACUGCAGAAUGGCCUGGAUGUGUUGGGGAUUGUGCAUGCGGAUGCCGUCGACUCGGCCAUUAUGACGCGCGAUGCGGUGGGCUGGGGGUGUCGGCGGACUUGGGCGUUGAGGACGCUGGCUUCGGACUUUCUUGAUCGCGAUAUCCAGACAGGCAAUGGGCAUGAUUGCCUGGAAGACACCUUUGCGGCUUGA